UUCUCUUUGCCUGCGGACCCCGACCGAUGGGGGACUUCCGUCGCUGCCAAUGUUCCCGAGCCCGACGACUGGCUUCAUGACCCGAAUGCAAAGGAAACCAAGCGUUCCUUCGCCGUUGAUCGUGGUAUAAUGAAUUUGGGGUGUCUCCUCAUCCUCUUGGUCGGAUUGGUUACCCUCUUCGCCGGAUACCCAUUGGUCACCUACUUUACGCAGAAGGCACUGGAUAACCAGGGUGGAUUUAACCUCGGCGGUAUCAAUGCCAGCGGACAGAUACCGUCAUUAGCAAAUGAUUUUGCCCUGAUCGACACUGCUACGCCUCAAAAUGCUUACAAGAAAUCAUCCUGGAACGGUGGACCCGACAUGGAGCUGGUCUUCUCUGACGAAUUCAACACUCCUGGACGCACCUUCUGGCCUGGCGAUGAUCCCUACUGGGAGGCAGUUGAUCUGCAUUACUGGGCGACCAACAACUUGGAAUGGUAUUCUCCGUAUGCUGUCAGCACCAAGGAUGGGUAUCUUGAAAUCACAUUGUCCAAGAAGGAGACCCAUGAUCUCGAUUACCAGGGCGGUGAGAACAAGUUCUGUUUCACUGGAGGGUAUGUGGAGGCUUCCGUCUCGUUACCAGGAGCGAACAACAUUGUCGGUUUGUGGCCAGCCGUUUGGGCAAUGGGCAAUUUGGGCCGUGCGGGUUACGGCGCCUCUCUUGAUGGCCUCUGGCCUUACACCUAUGACGCCUGUGAUGUCGGUACUCUGCAGAAUCAAACGCAGAACGGCCAACCCGAGGCUGCAACUGUGGGUGGGGACAAAUCGCACGAUGGAGCCCUCUCGUUCCUUCCUGGUCAGCGGCUUUCUCGGUGUACUUGCGAGGGCGAGUCUCAUCCGGGCCCGGUUCAUUCCGACGGUUCUUACGUCGGCCGCGCUGCUCCUGAGAUUGAUAUGUUCGAGGCUCAGGUCAGGAUCUCGCAAGGUUCAGGGCAGGUGUCCCAGUCUUCGCAGUGGGCUCCGUUCAAUGCAGGAUAUGAUUGGUUCAACACCUCGAGCAACCUCAAGAUUCCCAACAAGGGCGUCUCGGUGCUGAACACCUAUACUGGAGGCAUAUACCAGCAGGCAGCAUCAGUUGUCACGCAGACGGACCAAGAUUGCUACGAACUUGAAACAGGCUGCUUCUCAGUUUACGGAUUCGAGUACAAGCCUGGCUUUGAUGAUGCCUACAUAUCUUGGAUAGCAAACAACCAACUUGCCUAUACGGUCGAAGCUGCGGGCUUUGCAGCCGACUCGAGAGUCCAAAUUAGCGCACGGCCUGUCAGCCAGGAACCUAUGUAUCUUCUCGCAAACUUGGGCAUGUCCAAGAACUUUGGUGUAGUGGACCUCGACCACUUGACAUUCCCAACCACCAUGCGUGUGGACUAUAUCCGUGUGUACCAACCAAGUAACGCUAAGAACAUUGGCUGCGACCCGCCUGACUUCCCUACCGCGGAGUAUAUCAAGACAUAUGCCGAGGCAUAUAAUAACCCCAACUUGACCACCUGGGUCGACGACUACAAACAGGCUCAGCCUAAGAACAGACUCAUCGACCAGUGUUGA